UGUAACUUCGCCAUAAUUUGAACAAAAACAAAACAUAUUUUUGCACUGAUUUAUAUAAAUGCUAUUGUUAUUAUACAAUUUUCAUACCCUUGCGUAGUAUUUUAUGAGUCAUUUUGGAUGUGUCGUGCUGUCGGUCCUUUGAUGGUGGUGUUGAAUUUGUGUCUAAUCUGUGAACGUACGGAUUAUAAUCAAGUUAUUAUUGUUUGAGAAUACGAAAAUUAUCUUGAAGAGAUGGCGCCCGUUAAGUUCGGCUUGUUCAAAGCGCGAAGUAGAGAUCAACAGGACCAACCUUCGACGGAAAACUUACUGAAGUCGAGCGGAAGUAUUGAUCAAGCCGGUGCUCCGAGCUCUCCAAUACCGUCAACCAGUCGCGGUAUAGUUGAAGCGAUAUCUCCGCACGACUUCUCCUUUCUAACUCUUGAUGACGAUGAUGAUGAUGAUUACGACGAUGAUGAGGUGGUACCACCAAAAGACAUCUCUCGUAAAAACAGUCAACAAAGUUUAUGUGAAGAUCCUCUUGUUAACUAUCAGCAGCUACAGAACUCCUCAAUUACAUCGACGUCAACCCUAGAACUUGACCAGAUAAAUAUCUACGACGAUCCCGAGACAUUCGUCGAUGAAAGUUCGACGGCGUUCGACGCUAACUCGUCGCAGUUCGACGUGACGUCACUGCAGUUCGAUGAAGAGUAUGACACGACGUCAAUUUCGGCCGAAGAUUGGUCGCUGUAUUGUUCUAUGAUUAAGAAACCCAAGAGGAAACACAAAGAGCAACAACUUAGUGAUAUCGAUAUGUGGAGGGCGAGUAAUGUUGAAGUAAUGAAGAAUCUUCUACACCGAAGUGGAACUUUGGACGAGCAAAUAAAAUGGGAGGCGAUUGCAACAUCGCGAGGUCUAUGCACACUGACUGACACUUGUACUUGUAGCGAUUGCUCGGGAGCGAAGUACCUCGUGGGCAUUGCAGAUGGCGACGGAGGCCUAGGGUCCGCGCCCCUUUUCAGCGCUAUCGGCGUUGGGUGCCAAAUUCAAUAGACUGUUCAACUUAUGAACUUGGUUUUUAUCUGUGUAAACUUUUUGAGGAGGAAAAAUAAAAAAACCAAAUAAAAACGCUUAAAUAAAAUUCAAAAUCGGAUAACACACAGCCUUUAAUCAAAGCAAAGCAAGAAAUACAGCAUGUUCUUGAUGCUUUCAAGUCAUGAAUUGGAUUGGUGUUGCGCGAGCAGUGCCGAUAUGCUAAGUUUCAUUUCCUUGGGCAGACCAACGCCGCUACCAACUGCUUUUGUAUCCGAUAUUAGAUCGAUUGAUAGACUGUGACAGCUGAGAAAACGUCGCGUCGAUAAACAUUGAGGUGUCAACCUCAUUAACCUCUAUUUUGAGCAAUGCACGCACACUAACACAAAUGGUGAGCGUGAGACAUAGCUUGUCCCACACUAAAGCCUGGCCUGUUUUCAUCAGUAGUCUAGCAGCAAGAGACUCUAUCUAGACGUAUUAUCCAAGAUCCAGACUUAUUGUCAUCUAUCAAUCAAUUCUGAAUCUGCAUUUAAAUAUAAAAAUUUCUAAAUUGAUAUACCUUGUUUGUAAAAGUCAUAAUAAUUAUGUCCCGUUUAUAAGAAAUACCAUCCGCUUUUAUCUUCUAUAUUUCAUUUAUAACCUUCUUUAAGUUGGAUUAAAAAAAUUGAUUAUUAUUGACAAAGCAGGAAGUAGAAUGAAAAAUAAAACUCGAAAAAUUAUUGUUUCUCUCAUUUGGCAAUUUAGCAUGGCGUAAUAAUAGUGCUACCGGACCUCAGCUCGUAGACCCUAAGACUUAAGACUUAUACUUGACAACUGUUUCAACAAAUUUUAUUUAAAUUUAAUUUAAAAAAACUUAAAUAUUUUAAAGUCUUUUUAAGCUCUAUAUAAAAGGGAUUGUGUUCUUCACGGCUUCAUAAGGUCAACGAGGUAGAAGACGACUUACUGAAAAAUUAAAAUCAGUAUACAUAUGGUGUGAUAGAUAUGUGUCAAGAAAAAUACUUAAUAUUAUAUAUAAAUCACUGAUCCUCCAUACAAUGUAUGUACACAUUGAUUUUAUUUUAAUAAUGAAUAUAGGAGCCUGUAAGAAAAAUAUUCUCACAGAUCGAGUUUCCUUUUUACUUCAGAAUAAUAUAAGCUACAAACUAGUGUUAUUAUUAUGAUGGUGUAUUGAUUAUUGGGUAAUAAGUAUAAUUAAUUAUAUAGUAAUUGGUGUUGUAGAUAUUACUUGUAGAUACUUAAAUAUUUUCAGGUACAUUUAGCACUAGAAUAAUUGUAACAAAUUCGCUGUAUUCGAAUUACACCAUUUUAUAAGAGUAACAUAUUUUGAUCAGGUUUCGUUCCUAAUUUUUUACUUCUUCAAGUCUAGACAAAAUUAGCACUCGCUCGUUUGCCCCUGUAGUAAAAUCGUAAACCUCGUGCGUUGGGACUGAGCGGAGCCUUGUAAAUAAAAUUUACGUCGGCAAGAAAUCGAUAAAACUAUCUAAGUACAAACGAAAACUAUACCAUUGAUUAGUGAUUUUAAAGUAUGCCUGUCACUAAGAUGGUGGAGUGUUCCUAUCACAACACGCGGGGAUUUUACAUAAGCUGCGUAUAUAUGACGCGCGGCAGAUGCUCGAACAUUGGCUUACACGUCGGCCGCUCAGUAUAAAGACGAGGAGGGCCGCGCCUGACAGAGUGUUUGACGUUUGAGUAUUUUUGCUGCACCACUUUACAUAGAUUAAACUAAAAUAAUUUGUAAAACGAUGUAAAUUUUUAUAUGAUGGAUGGAUGGAUUCUCGCUACUUCUCAUUAACGCGUUUUUCGAAGGGGUGGUGAAUGAUGAACUUUUGACAUUAAUAAGUGUCAAUUCUUUGAUCUAAAUACCUGGUAGUACGGUGGAUCGCGUAUUUGGCGACACACUAUAUUAUAUGAUUUUCACUUGUAAAAUGUGAAAGUAGGUAAGUAUGUGGGGACGGAAUGAGAUUACAGAAUUGCUAAAUUCAGUGUUGAUAAGUAUUCAAUCGAGGGCCAUAUUUUCUACGCACUUUUAUUUCGGCACGGCACAUUUUUGUACUUUUAUAAUAUAUGUAUCUCAUAUUUUUGGAUUUAAGGUUUUCGUAUUGAAUAGUUCGCGGUACAAGUCGUGAGCACAAACAGAAAUUGAUCAGUAGUGACACAUGUUGAUCCAAUAGUUGACAAGGAUCGACUAUGAGCCAAUGAGCGCUUUGUCGCCCCUGCGUGCGCUUCAGAGUGACUAAUGAAAAGCGUGUCCACGACCUGUGCCGGUAUCUAUAAUAUUUGUGAUUAUUAGUUAUUUAUGUCUAAAUCUCGCCAUGAAAUGUUGAAUCAGUUACCUCAAGAAGUUGCUUUGCGUGCAUGGUAGUUUGAGACCCAUAUAGAUAAUUCGUUGCCGUUUAUACUUUUCAGCGUGUAUUUCGUUUUCAUUUAGCGCGCGAGUUGAAUGCAGUCGGGGCCUGAGGUAAAAAGCGGGAUCAUCUCCCCCUGCAGUCCGUGCGCUUACAGUGUAGUGCUGUGCCACCUUUGUCAGUUAUCGUACGCUUACCGUAUAAUCGCGUUAAUACUAAAGUUGCGAUCCUGUGCUAUUUUUUUUUUUAUUUUAAUACUGACUGAACCGAGUCCACCAGGUUCGGAACAAAAAAAGGGGUUUUAUUCAUCUUGUAGCACGAGAAAUGGCUAAAAAUGUUUUAGCCAUGUGUGUUAAAGAAAGGCAGAACAAAAAUUUGAGAUUUAAUGACUCUCAUGAUUGUGGUGUAUUGUAAUAACUAGGUCCCAACACUAUCCCAUUCGUGAGCUCUGCAUUCAAAUUGCGUGAUGAAAUGUACACGGCUGCGAAGUCCCGUACCGGGUUUCAAUUAUCGCGCACAACUUCUAAUUAUAAGUUUUUGAUUAUAAUAAUAUGAUGUACAGUAUUAUGAUCCAAAUUAUCUAGUUAGUCUCUAGUAUUAUCUUAGUAUAACCUAUUUUAAGUUAAAUAUAUCAUGUAAAUUCUAUGUAUCUAUAAACAUAACAAUUAGUAUUAACUUGUACGAAAUUGUAAAUGACAAAAUGGCCUCGUAAUUGAUGAUUAAGACUGAAAAUGCGAUGUAAGGUAAAGUAGGGAUUGCGGUUGAAGUUUAUGUACAAAACAGGUUUUUAUUUUGUAAGUUCUUACUUCUACUAUUUAAACUUUUUUCUUUACUUUAAAUUCGCCAUGACAUGUAAAAUAAUGUUUUUAGUUAUCAUUUAUUAAAUAAAUACGAAUUCUUACUACAUGUUAAAAAAGUGCAAAUUCCAUAAAGCGCAUUAAUUUUUCAGAUUUCAUGGCACGUUAAUUGAAAAUAAUUGAGCAUUUAUGGCAUUUAAAAAGUAAGAGAACAAUGGUAUAUAUAUAUCACAUUACUCAUCACAAACCUCCUUCAGUUUAGCGAGGAAUAAUCAUUAUAAUAUUUGUACAAAACCAAUUUGAGUAACGAUAAAUUUUACUACAUUUUUAAGUAACUGAAAGGUUCUCUGCGUGCGCGUAGUUAGGAGCUAAAUUCUUCUCAGGAUUCAUUCAGUUCUAAGUACUGAUUAUUUUCUGAAAUUUUGUCUGAUACAAAGCAGUAACACUGUUUGCGAACACGAUGUCACUCAAGUCAGAUUUAGAAUUAAGCAAGUACAUAAAAUGAUUUUAUUUUGUAAUAACUGGACCUAAAUACUCAUUAUUUUUUUAAGUACCUAUAUUCUAUAACUGAUACUUAGUUGUUUUGUGUAUGUCCAUUUGUCAAGACACAAACAGAUACCUACGUAAAUUAUUUAAUAAUAUAAAAAAACCACACGAUUUUAAACCCUUUUUAAGUCGUUUGAUAAAACGAUCUAUGUAAGAAAGCAUAUUAUUAUUACUAUCCGAAAACACGGUUUCAACACGAAUUGUAUACAUAACAAUAUAUCUUUUAAACAGUCUAAUAAGUUAGUUUUCUACCUACAAUAUGAUAAGUUAUUAAUGAAAAUCAGUAAGACAGUGAAACGAUAUUAUACUAAUAUAUAUUAUAUUAUUACUUUAGUAGUAUUUCUAAUUUAUAUACGUACUUAAAGCUUUGUUUAACUAUGGUUAUAAUAACUGUCCCUAGAUGGGGGAGUUCAAAUAUUUGCUAAUUAUGUAUACGUCUAGAUAGACUGUGACAGCUGUUUAAACGUCGAAAAAAAUUGAAGUUGACAGUUAACCUCUCACAUAAAAAUCGCGAGUGUAAGACGCAGCUUGUCACCCAGGACACCCACACACCAAAGUAUUAAACCUGGUCAUUGGUUGUCUAGCAGCAAGAGACUAUCUAGACGUAUAAAUUAUAAGAAUAUUUGCAUGUCAUUUGUAGAAAUCAUUUAAAUAGUGUUAGUUAGGUUUAGAUCAUGACUUGAUUCUUAAUUCCUAUUUAUACUUUAUAUACUUACUGAAUUAUAAUUCUUUUUCAGUGUCACAAGAACAUUAAAUUCAAAUGUAAUAUUCGUGGAUCCUUAUUUAGUUUUAAACGUUGGAGAAUCCAAAAUAAAUAAUAAAAAUAAUGAGGAAUAUCAUCAUUCAAUAUCUGUCAAAUAGCUUGAAACCUUCUCGAAACUAUAUAUGCGUAUUAUUCAUUAAGCAGCAAUAUAAAUAUGUUGGACAUUGCUGCAUAUUGAUCAAGAAAAUUUUAAACAACUGGAGUAAAUCGGCAAUGUACAGAUAUAACAGUCGAAGCUUAUUAUGAUGUCAUUUGGGGCAUGUUCCAUAUUUCGGCUUUGUUUUGUGACGUAAUUUGUCUGAAUUAUUUUAGAACGUUAUUGAGAAAAAACAAAAUUUGAUGAUAUUCCUCAUUGUAAUUAUUGCUGUGACAGUGCUGCUACGCCUUAUAUUUAACUUACAAUUAAUUUUAUACUUAGAUCAUAAUGCAUCUAGAUAGACUGUGAGAGCUGUGAAAACGUCGAUAAAAAUAUUGUUGGUUGACAGUUAACCUCUAUUUUGAGCAAUGCACGCACACUAACACAAAGUGACAUAUAAAUCGCGAGUGUAAAACGUAUCUGUCACGCACAUACUACAGUAACAAACCUAGCCUGUUUUCAUCGGUUGUCUAGCAGCAAGAGGCUCUAUCUAGACGAAAAAAUUAUCUAAGCCUUUACAUCUGAUUUCGUACAGCUCUUAAAUUUAGUUUACAGUCUAAAUAUAAUUGUAGGAUACAAAAACUUAAAUAGUUUUAUACUGUGGUUUAUAGAUUUUUGAUCUCUGGAUGUUUUGUAGCCGUGUGAAAUAUUUGUGUUGUACAAAAUAAAAAUAUAGUAUCCAGAACAA